CUCAGCUGUCUGAUAGACUCACUUUAUCUCGGGGAUCAGACGAAAUGCACGCCUAUGCACACUUAGCCGACCGAACCAGUAUAGCCGUCUGACCAUCUUUGCACGCGACCACGAGAGCUGAGCCCGCGAUAUCCGCUAUUGAGAACUCGCCAAGGUUCUUCUCCUUAUGUUCUGGGCUUUAUCCUCAUAAAGACGCGUGGAAGAACCUCCGCCAUUUCCACGACAACAGUCGACCCAUAUGUUGACUAGUCUUCUGGAGGCGAUUCUUCUUAUUCCCGCGUGCUGUGUUUCCGGACGCAUGCUUUGCGAUAACGCAGAUGCGUCCGGCUUAUAUGCAGUGUGUAACCGAAGAGACUCUCCUCGCUGCUCGACACCAUGUUGUGGCUCCCGGCUCUCGCUCUCGCUCUUGCUCAGAUCUCGGUGGCGAAACCGGUUGUGAACAAACGAUGGGACGACAUGGCAGUGAAGCACGCGUGGGCGGAGGUCCCCAGCGGAUGGGAGUACCAUGAGGCGCCGCCCGCAGACCACCUCAUUGAGCUGCGUCUCGGGCUCAAGCAGGACCGCAUCGAUGAGCUCAUCGAGGCGCUGUACCAAGUCAGCGAUCCGUCGCACGAGAAGUACGGCCAGCACCUGUCGAAGGAGAAGGUCGACGAGCUCGUCGCCCCGCACCCUGACUCGCUCGAGGCCGUCGAGGCGUGGCUCCGGCACCACGCGAUCGACCCCGCCUCGGCGCACUUCCGCUCCGGCGGCGGCGAGUGGGUCACGUUCCACCUGCCCAUCUCCAAGGCCGAGCAGAUGCUCGGCACGACGUACGGGGUGUACCGCCACGCGGCCUCCGGCUCUGACGUGGUCCGCACGAUGUCCUACUCGCUCCCCCGCGAGCUGCACAGCCAUAUUGAUGUGGUCACCCCCACGACGUACUUCGGGACGAUGCGCAGCAUGCGCGCGACGAGCUUCAUCAAAGCCGGCGCCCCAGUCGUCGAGACCGACACGGCCGCCGAGGAGCUUGCGCUGAAUCCGUUUGCGGUGCCGUCCAGCUGCUCGAGCACCAUCACCCCUGCCUGCCUGCGCGCGCUGUACAAUACCGCUUCAUAUGUUCCCAAGGCUGCUGCUACCAACAAACUCGGCGUCGCCGGAUAUUUGGAGGAGUUUGCCAAUGACGCUGACUUGCAGACAUUCUUCAGGCGAUUCCGGACUGAUGCCACUGGCGGCACGUUUACUCACGUGCAGCUCAAUGGAGGUCUGAACACUCAGUCGGACCCUGGAACGGAGGCUAACCUCGACAUCCAAUACACCGAGGCGAUAUCGUUCCCGACUCCCAACAUCUACUACAGCACCGGUGGAUCCCCUCCAUUCAAGACCGAUUCUGCCACUCCUUCCAACUCCAACGAGCCUUACUUGGAUUGGCUGAACUUUAUCCUCAACUCGACGACGAUUCCUCAGACUUUCUUGAUGGGAUCAUUCGAGACCACGAGUUACGGUGACGACGAGCAGACUGUACCCAUGGACUACGCCAUCAGUGUUUGCAACCUGUUUGCGCAACUGGGUGUCCGAGGCAGCAGCAUCAUGUUCUCGUCGGGCGAUGACGGCGUCGGCGCCGGCACCUGCCGGACCAACGACGGCACCAACAAGGUCCUCUUCCAGCCGGCGUUCCCCGCAUCGUGCCCCUUUGUCACGACCGUCGGCGGCACCUUCCGCGUCAACCCGGAGGUCUCGGCGAGCUUCUCCGGCGGUGGAUUCUCACGGUACUUUGCGCGUCCGUCGUACCAGAGCACGGCCGUGUCCAAGUUCGUGACGGGACUCGGCACGAAGUUCGCCGGGCUGUACAACACGACCGGCCGCGCGUAUCCCGACGUAGCCGCGCAGGCGGAGAACUUCCAGGUCGUUAUCGGCGGCGGAGUCAACUCGGUGUUCGGCACAUCCGCGGCGUCGCCGACCUUCGCAGGCGUCGUUGCGCUGCUGAACGACUUCCGCCUCUCGCAGGGCAAGGCCCCGCUGGGCUUCCUGAACCCGCUGUUCUACGGGACGGCGGUCUCCGGCUUCAACGAUAUCACCUCCGGAUCAAACCCGGGAUGUGGCCAGACUGGCUUUACGGCGGGCACUGGCUGGGACCCGGUCACUGGUUUGGGCUCGCCCGACUUUUUGCGUCUGCAGGCGCUUGUGUAGGGAGCGGGGCAUGUAAGUGUCGUAUUCUAUGUAUUGUACGACAAGAAGAUUAUAUAAAUGUCGGUGUCUAUCCGGAUCGACCGGUUCGUCAGGUUUUGCCAGUUCAAGUCUACACGUGAUCUGGCGCGACGCAAGAGCGCAGAUUUUGCUGGUCUUUAGCCAUUCAUCCUAGGCCCAGACUCCAUUCACACUUUUUCGUGUUCCAUGGCGGCUAGCCGCUCCUGCUCCAUCACAAUACUCGAGAACCGGCUCCGCGCGCGUAUCCGGGGGCCGUAGAAAAACAACACAAACGGGAUGGGGACCAUGACCGUGGCGAUGAGCGCGAACAUGGUGUUGGCCCACGUGUAGCCGAGCACCGCGAACAUGUGUUUCGUGAACAGCGGGAACACCGUGCCGAGCAGAUUCCGGCAGAGGCUCUGCCCGGCGAGCGCGGAGGAGGCAAAGGGGCCGUAGCAGUCUGCGAGGUAGGAGAACACGG